AACUCUCGUACAUAUCUACGACCAAGCAUUCUGUUUUUCUUCAACGCCUGGGCUACUGAAAAACCCGAGAAGAAAUCAGGUGAAAAUCGUGAACCAUAAUCUAAACUUUUCGAAAUCAACCUCAGAGGAAUAUAGUGAGGUCCUACUUUGAGAUUCUGGUUUUUGAUUCGAGAAAAAGAUGGUGAAGUUCUUGAACCCUUGGGUUAGUCAAUCCCAGUAGUGAAUCAAGAGAAAUCAAAAAGGGGAUUUUUGAUGUUCAUGUUUUGAGAUUGAAGGUUAACGGUGUCUUUGGAUUCGAUAGGCGAACUACAGAAGUUAAGGUUUGAGUUGCGAUUAGAGUGGCAGGUGAUUGUGAUGUAAGUGGUGUGGACUUGGGCGAAGGAGAGAUUGACGUCUGGGUCGAGUAAAGUGUUUGGUUUGUGUAUAGGGUGGUAGCUGCCGAUAACUUUUUUGGAAGCAGUUAUGUGUAGAUAGUCUCCUAGAUGGAUGUACUUUUGUUUAGUAUGGCAGAAAAUUCUGAAAAUCACAGUUUGGAAGGUGGAUCAGGUCAGCCGAUUGAGAGUAGUAAUGUGGAGCUGUUAAUGAAGUCAAUGGCAGAUCUGAGGCAACACCAACUAUUACAGGAAGAAAGGCUUGGAAUUUUGCCUUCAAGACAUAAUUCAGGGAGUACAAGCCAGACUUCAAACCAAGGAGAUUUGAUCAUGCCGGCACGAAACCAGAAUCAAUUUGGACAAUUACUUCAACGGUAUUUGAAACUCUCUCCAAAGGUAUUCAGUGGCAGUCCUCCAGAUCCCGAGGAGGCGGAAGAAUGGUUGCAAAAUGCAGAACAUGUUUUGGAACAUGUAUCCAAUGAUAGAGGUACUUGGGUUAAUUUGAUUACUUUCAAAUUUCGAGGACCAUCACGAUAUUGGUGGGAUGCAGUAAUGAAAGUGGAAGGUGGAACAAUGACCUGGAAUAGGUUUAAAGCUUUGUUCAUAGACAAGUAUGUACCUGAUGCGGCAAGAGAUAGGAAAUUUUAUGAGUUCAUGUCCUUAACGAAGGUUGGUAUGUCCAUUAGUGCUUAUAAUGUUAAAUUCACAAGAUUGUCGCGUUAUGGAGCAGAGUUGAUAGCCACUGAUGAGGCUAAAGCGAAGAAAUUUAUCAGGGGAUUGGAUCCCGAGAUGCGAACACAACUUUCAUGUUUACGAAUCAGGAUUUACGAGGAUGCUUUAAAUCGGUCUCUUGACUAUGAAAAGGAAAUGGAAGAUCAACUUGCAACACGAAUUAGAGAAAGGCCGCAAUUAUUUUCAGCAAGACAAGAUCCAGCAAAACGACCAAUGUUAUCAGCUCCUAAUCAGCCAUAUUUCAGACCAUCAGUAAGACCAUGGUCAAUGGGGUCAGCAUCAGUACCACCUACAAUAUCACCUACAACACGUCCACCUGCAGUUAGACCUCAAGGGAGAUUGGUGCGUUUCCAGCAAGUACGUCCGGUUGCACCAACAAGUGCUGGUUCGAGUUCCUUCAGAUGUCAUAACUGUGGUGAAUGGGGUCAUUUUAGGAAGGAUUGCACAAAGAAACCAUCAGCAGGGUUAGCUCAACAAGGAGCGGUAUAUGCUAUGGAACCAAUAGUAACUUCUCAUCAGGAGACAUCGGAAGAGAGUCCAGUGCUUUAUACAGUAGUAGAAGGGGAUAGCUCGGUGACCGAUCAAGUGGUGGAAGUGGCAGGUGACUGUGAUGUAAGUGGUGUGGACUUGGGCGAAGGAGAGAUUGACGUUUGGGGUCGAGUAAAGUGUUUGGUUUGUGUAUAGGGUGGUAGCUGCCGAUAACUUUUUUGGAAGCAGUUCUGUGUAGAUAGUCUCCUAGAUGGAUGUACUUCCGUUUGUAUGUAAAGUACUAACUAGUGAAUAGUGUAUAAUUAUCUAUCUCCAACUCUUUGUAAGAAAAUAGCUAGUAAUGUACUGAAUAUAGCUAUCUUGGAUCCAGAAAUGUUUUCUCUUGUGCUGUCCUUGUCCUUCCCUUUUGUUUACAACUUCAGUGUUUCGGACCUUAUUACUGUUCUUAGCACCUUAAGUUUGAAAUUAGUGUUUUAAACUCAGAUUAGGAAAUUGGGGCGCUACAUUUUCUUCUUUGAAGCAAAAUAUUGAACAAGAAGACAAUGAAACUCAGUUUAUAUAUGAUGAGGACAGUGAAGAUGUUAUUCGGAAAAUGGAAUCCGUUUAUGCAAAGCAAGGUUGUUCGUCAAAGGCAAAGAUGGAAAGUGUAUACUACUACUCAACUGUAAGAAUGGUAGAGGAUGUAGAUGAUUUAGAAGACGGUGAACCUGGAUUCAGUUUAGGAAUGACGCAGAGUGACAGCGAAAAAGAAGAUGGUGAGCAAGGAUCUCAAAACAUUAGUCCCAAGAAAAAGUUGAGUAAUAUGAUUACUAGACUAAGGGAUAACAGAAGAAAAAUGCAAGAACCUCUCAGAUAUCAGGAUUAUACAGCUGAGAAAAAGAAAAGAACAAAGACUAAAUGUGCACAAAGAAAAAACCCUAAUGAAAAGAGUAGGCAGAAGGCGAAGAAUGAGGAGGUGUAUGAGGUGAAGGAUGUGAAGUUGAAAGCAGUUGAAAACUUGAAAAUUAUGAGGAGAACAAGGAGCACCACUAGAGCACCAACUGCUGAUAUCAGGGAGGAUUCACUAGCUUGAGUUUUACAGCUCCACGGCGUGGGAGAACAAGGAGCACCAACUGCUGAUAUCAGGGAGGAUGCUGGAUAUGUUGAUGAGAAAGGGUGACGUCGCAGGAGAUAUCAUUGAGUUUUACAU